GGGCGAUGAGGGCGACGGGUAGAAAGCUAGAGAAAAGGGAAGAAAAAGGGACAAGGAAGCGCGGAGAAGGAUCGCGACUGAAACCUGAAAAUACAACAACAGACUUGCUCGCUCUUGAUCAUACAAUCCAGCUUUUUCUUUUCUUUUAGUAUAUAUUACUCUCUAGGAAGAAGCAAAAGACGGUUGACAAACAAACUCUCCCUAGGCGAGGACUCCCUUUGCACUGGCUUCUUACUUCCGUAUUGUUGUCCAUCCAGAUAUACUCCGUGCUUGGACGUGAGCUCGCGCUGAAAGAGCCUGGCCGUGUGCGAGAUCGAUCAGAGGGCGGAGUGCAUACCUGAGAAGGCGAGACACGCAACCGCCAGCGAGACCGCAGGAAGAGACAGACACUCCUCCAGGGGCCUGCUUGUCUCGCACCGGAUCCUCAAGGCAGACGGGGAAGACGGCAUUGCGCAUAUGGUUGGCUAAGGUGAUUACGUUCCUGUCUAGCUAAUAAUUGCUCCGCUUGUUCCAACCUUGGGCGAGCAUGCAGCCUCACCUGAUGGAGCGUAGCUGACACCCGCUCGCUUUCGUGUUAGACACUCAGACAUGGGAGUUUGAAUAGUUCCGAUAUCCACCCCUACUAAAUCCACGUCUCCAUCCAUCGAUCUCCACGAGAAACUUCUCGCCGUCUAUCCCUCUUAUGACUGUCGAGAACUAGAGUUCUCCCUACAAAUUCGCGAAUAAACCGUCAUCGUUCACCUCCUCGCUGCUCGUUUUCACUUACAAAUGGCGCAGCAACAGGCAGACAAUGUUAUGCGAAGGAAGCUGGUAAUAAUAGGGGAUGGUGCGUGUGGGAAGACUAGUCUUCUCAGCGUCUUCACACUGGGUUACUUCCCUACACACUACGUGCCCACGGUGUUCGAGAACUACGUUACAGACUGCCGGGUAGACGGCCGGUCAGUACAGCUUGCUCUGUGGGAUACCGCAGGACAAGAAGACUACGAACGACUUCGCCCGUUAGCAUACUCAAAGGCACAUGUCCUUCUAAUCGCCUUCUCAGUCGAUACCCCUGAUUCCCUGGAAAACGUCAAGCACAAGUGGAUUGAGGAGGCAAAUGAGCGUUGCCCAGAUGUCCCUAUCAUACUCGUCGGAUUGAAGAAGGAUCUCCGUGAAGAUCCUCUUGCUAUUGAAGAAAUGAGGAAAAAGUCACAACGCUUUGUUUCUCCAAGAGACGGCAGUGAGGCUGCAGCUGAGAUUGGAGCUAGAAAAUACCUUGAAUGUUCUUCUCUCACUGGUGAGGGUGUGGAUGACGUGUUCGAAGCUGCCACACGCGCCGCACUUUUGACAUUCGGAAAGACCAGAGGCCCAUGCUGUGUGAUCUUAUAAAAUACCCGCUAACAGCAGCCGCACUGCCUACAAUCAUGGUCCCCUUUUCUAUUCUUUUUUUUAUUUGAUUUAUUUUUAUUUUUAUUUUUCGGCAUACGACCUUGAAGCAGCUACAGUCCAUCUGACUGUUAGCUACCAUAACCAUGACAUUCAACAGGGCUCGAGAGAACCCGUAUCCGACAACUGUUCAUUUACCCUCCUCGACUACCAAACGAUUAUCAACAUGACUUUCUUUCAAAAUGGGUGGCUGGAAUAAGGACGGAGGCACAGGAGCCUUUCUCCCGGUUCUAUGACUUGUGUUAUCAUGGAAUUGAUUUAUCCUGCAUCAUGUGGUGUUAAUUCUG